AUGGGUAAUGUUGUUCAAGCUGGUAUUGGUCAAGCACCAGCACGACAAGCAGCACUCUAUGCAGGUUUAUCACAAGAAACACUUUGUACAACAUUAAAUAAAGUAUGUGCAAGUGGUAUGAAAGCUAUUAUGAUGGCUUCACUAAGUCUUAUGUGUGGUCAUCAAUAUGUAAUGAUUGCUGGUGGUAUGGAACGCAUGUCAAAUGCACCUUAUUAUUUUCCACGAGGAGAUACACCUUAUGGAACUCUUCAAUUAGAAGAUGGUAUUGCUAAAGAUGGUUUAACUAGGGAUGUGCGGUGUCAGAUUACUGAACCGCGACUGGCACCCACAGCCACCCUCCGUGCA